UUUUCAUAUUUUAAAUGUCAGCGGUUCAGUUGGAAUUCGCUGCGUUCGCUUAAAUUUUAUACACGCUCAUUCGAGUAAUUUUACGCUAAUUUGGUACAUAGUUUUUACAAUAUUAAUAUAGCAUAUAUCACGCCAAAAUGAACGCAUUGAAAUCGUGUACAACAAACACAUCGUUUAAAUAAGUUAUUACAAAAUAUGGUUGAAGAAUUUUCGCCAUAAAUUGUUUCUGUAAAAGUGCAAAACAACAACACCAAAUAGGCGUUGUUCAACGCUGCCCAUAUACAUUUGAAGCACCCGCACAGGCGCAGCUGCUUUAACUGGCACUUUUCCAACACAAUGGAUUUUGAUUAUGUGAAUUUAAAUAGACUCUCGGACGCAGAGAUCGCAACGCAUAUGCGUAAAUUAAAUUAUGAGAAAUUCAAAUCGCUUGUGCGUAUGCAUCUGUCAUUUGAACUUGAUUUGAACACAGACGAGUUUGAUUUACCAUGCCAUGAAAUUGCUUAUGAAGAUAAAGGAAAGCUGAAGAAAUGGAAUCGCUUAUCUAAAAAGCAGAAACAUGCAACGUCGGCGUGCACAAGCUCAGGUUCAAAAGGUUCUGUUAGUGCCGAGAAUAGUCCCGUGGAAGCAUUGCACCAGCAAAUUAACCCUGGGUUUUUAAUGCAUCUUAAGGAGCUGAAAGCUUUUCUAAUGCUGGAAAAAAAUUUAACACAAGAAGGCAUUUUCCGCAAAACGGGCUCAGCAUCGCGACAAAAUGAGCUACGUCAGCAGGUUCAGAAUGACAAACCCCUCGAUUUGGAAGGUGGUGGCUAUUCAGCACACGAUUGUGCUACCGUAUUCAAAGGUUAUUUGGCCGACUUACCUGAACCACUGCUCACUGACGCUCAUUACCCGGCACAUCAACAAAUAGCGCCGCUAUGUCUGGGCUCGGGAUCGUGCAGUAGUAGCAGUACAGGCACUUUGACACGUCCACACAAUCCGGAACGUAUUAAGCGUGAGCAACACUUGCUAAAUUCCAUACAGUUACUCUUGCUGUUGUUACCUGAUGAAAAUCGCCAAUUACUGCAGCAUAUAAUAGAAAUACUACAUGCCGUGGCUGCGCAUGAGCAUGAAAAUAAAAUGACACCAGAAAAUUUGGCCACAAUUUUCGCGCCACAUCUCAUUUGUCCACGCAACCUGCCGCCUGAAGCACUACAUUAUAUAUCGAAAACGAUGUCUAGCAUAAUCGCUUAUAUGGUAUGCAAAGGGCAGGAGAUAUUCGAAAUGCCCGCAAAAUUAUCAACAGACAUACGUGCCUACUUUGUGGAACGUAAACGUAAGAAGACCAUGUCACCGGAGCAAACACUCGAUGAGUCCAUAUCGGACAUGUCAACGGUGAAUACGGUAUAUACAUUUGUGGAUCGCGAGAAAACAGCGGCGGCGCACACUGCCAACAAUACAGAUACGGAGUUGGCGCAACUGUAUGCGCACAUACAAAGCUUGCCCGAGUCUUCCAAGAAGCGUCGACUCAUUAAACAGUUCAACAAACAAAAUGGACAGGGUACACCGCUCCAAUUGGUGGUUAUGAAUCGUUUGAAGGGCACAGAUGCGUCGCGCAGCGCCAAAUCUAUCGGCGACUCUAUCAAGAAACACAUUUUCCAUAAAAGUCUCAUAUCAAGAACACCAAAACGUCCAGCUACCACCAACGUAACAACCCCAGCUGGCAUUGAAACUCCAAGUUACGCAAAUACACACAAGAAUCCAAAAAUGCGGGUACUAUUCCGCAGUCCCGCCUCUACUCAAAUCAGCAACAACUACUCGGUUGCCAAUACACCAAUCAGAUCUUCAUCAUCAACAACAACAACUACCCAAUCUACGCAUGCCAAUAAUCGCACGCUCACUAACACACCAACCUCCUCAUGCACAUCAUCAAAUACCUCAUUGUCUACCACACCGUUUGCCAUGAAAUCACUACAACAACAUCCAUUACAUAAAUCGAUCUCAUCCAAUUCAUUGCUUUCGCACUCGUCGUCUGUACCGCAACAGCGCAAAUUGACACUUCCACACCAUAUCAGCGACGAAGUGUCUGAAUCUUCUUCCCUCUCAUCAACCAGCAGCGAUGGUUUGCCACCGGCACCAGUGCCGAAGUACGACUGCUCCGUUUCCGCGCCCGUCAGUCGUCAGAAUUCGGACGAAAGUAAUGUGGCUCCCAGCGCCUUAAACCGUUUCGCCACACGCUGGGAUGCAAAUUGCUGUACGCCACUGAAGUUCUCUACGCAUGCGGCCAAACAGCUGGCGGCGCACACGGACUGCGCCACACCAGAUGCGCGCAAAACCGUUGCUUGGGAUGACGCGCAUCUCUUGCACAUUGAGGAGAUCUCGAAUCCCUGCACACCCAUACAACAAAAUUCGGCGGAGUACAAGUCGCGCUACAAGUCAGAGCCAAAUCUGAGUUACGUCGGUGAAGCUGAUGGUGGUGCGCAGGAGAGCGCUUCAAAGUAUGCCAGCGGCAGCCGUUCGUUGACACGCAAACUCAUGAAAGGUGUAAGUAUGGGCAAUUUGAAGUUUUCCUUUGCCACACCAGAGUCAACGAAGCGGCUGGUACGUACAGUCUCCUCUACGUUGCGUAGACGUUCCGCUGGCGACGAUGAGCUGCCGAAAGUGGGCGCGAACGCCAAAGAAGAGCAACAAACAACAGUCACUGCGGCGAGCGAGAGUGUCGAGGACCUGGACGAUGAAACUUUCGAAGACAACCCAGAUGAUCAGCUGGACAGCGAUAGUGAGAAUGAGUCAGCAGAGGAUGAUGAUGUUGAGGAAGAGGAGGAGGAGGAAGAUAAUUACGAGAGCGCAUAUACAGCCGUGCAUGACAUUGGCAUUAGCACAGUGGAUGGGAGAAGUAGCAAUAGCAAUUCGAGCGACAACAGCACCACACGCUAUCACAAGCAGCUCUUGCUGCAACAGAGUGGCGUCUACAGAAGCAUGGAGUUGAUAACGAGCACGCCAUCAUUGUUGCUCGGCAGGCGCUCAAUGUCGCCGAUAACGAAGUCUACACAGCGCAUGCCCAAAUCAAUGCAGGAAUCGAUAAUGACACCACGCUCACGCAAACCCGUUAUGGUGCUCACCACCACCACACACAGUGCCGGCGAUCAAAACCAGACUAUUUGUCCAACGGACUACUCCAGUUUACGCGAGCAGGACGAGGAGGAGAGCAGACAUAGCCGUAACAGCGCCGACUUCACGGAAACUGAAAUCGACGAAAUAGCUGCAGCGCCGCAUGUGCAGUGCGAGGAUGCCACCACGUUGGAAAGCUACACAGAGUUGAUGCGUGCACGUCAACCCGUCUUGACGGCGCUGAAACACGACGAACGCAGCGUGGAGAAAGUGGAUGCGCUGAGUAGUCAUUUUAAAGAAUAUUUACGCAGUCGCAGCGUGCUCACCGCUAGUCCCGUUGACUCGUCGUUCUCUAGUCAACCCGAUGAUUUCUGUUCACCACAUAACAUUGAAGAUUUGAAUGACUCACAAAUGAGUCCUAGCUUACUGUAUUGCCUCGAUGGUCAUGAACCCGAUGAUGAAGUGUCAACAAUAGACGUCGUGAAACCUACUAAAGUAAAAAAUGAUGCGUUGCAUGUGCAACAAACUACAACGACAGCUGGCAGCAAAUGUUGCACGCCACAUAAUUCCUAUUAUCGCAAUCGGCUCUUUGCCUUGAACAAUGCACGUAAACGUGCUGCUAACAGCGAAUACGAGAAGCACACACAAACUCCUGUAAUAGCGGCUGCGCCAGCGCCAAGCGGCAGCGACAUUGCGCCAGGUAGUAAGAACAGCACGACGGCGUCAGCAAACAAAGAGAAUUUAGAGCAAGUGGAUGGCUACUUGCGCUCAAGAAAACUGCUCAUAAGCGAGUAUCCCGGCGAAACAUCAUUUUAAGUUAGUUACUACAUUACAAUUAUAUUAAUUAAUUUAUAUUACAAUAACUUAAUCUUAUCACUUUCAUGUAUACAUAUAUAUUUAUUUACUAUAAGUUAGGUGUGUAUUUUAACCAUUCAUGGUUAACGAUGAGUGCACAUUUCGUAUUAUUUUCAAAUCAAACUCGAAUUUCAAAAUGCUUCCCACUUUUACAGCACAAAAAUAUCAAGUUAAAUUUAAUAUAAAUUAGUAUUAGUGCCUACUUAUUUACGUAUACGCGUAAAUGUUAAAACGUUAAAUAACCCAAUAGUGCAUACAAAUUCAAAUCAUAAAAUGCAGCAUUGUCGGCGCAGAAGUUAAAGCGAAAAUUCCAAAUGCAUAUUUCAACUAUUUUCACUCCAACGCGUGCUAAAUUAUGUGUAUUUACAUACAUACAUACAUAUUUUUUUAUACCAUAUGAAGUUUUUAAUAUUAACAUUUAGUUCUACAAAAUAUGUAAUUUGUUAAAUCAGUUGUUAUUUUGCAUAUACCCAAUAACUUAUGCGUUGAGAAAUGUAAAAUAUUCAUUCAAUAAAAUGUUUCUUUAAUUUUGAAAGACA